AUGGGUCCUCUAUGUUAUCUAGGAGCACCGUUUGGCGCUUUUAUCGUCGGACCUUUGACGAAUUGGCUUAUCAAGAUGUUCGCAUGGCCAGGAGCAAUGCUUAUUUGCAUUGGCUUGGGAUUCCACAAGCUGAUCAGCGCCCAAUUCUUUAUUGACCAACCUGAUGCUCCAACAAGACAAAACAACUUCAGCAAGAUUGCCCCAGAAAAAAAUGUGUUUGCGAGGAUAUGGAUUCUCUUCAAAUUGAACCUAGCAGCACUGCAGAAAAACGAUUAUUUCCCAAGGAUGCUUCUUUUAACAGUAACGACGAAUUCUUUUGUGGUUACGCUGAUAUUUUCCCAAGUUGUUAAUAUAAUGAAUGAAUACGGACUUGAUAGAGAAUCGAUUGCGCAGAUAAUGAUGGUCGAAGCUGCUUGCGAUCUUUUCUCUCGUCCAUUUUGGGGAGCACUCGCGAAAUCGGGAAUGAAACCGGUGGAUCUUCUCGUCCUCGACGCUUUCCUCUGGAUUGCCUGUGCUCUUACAUUUACAUUUUCCACAACCUACUGGAGCUUUCUCGCUGGUCACGUGCUGCUAGGAAUCGCAGUUUCCGGCUUUGGCGGGUUCAAACAAGUGCUCAUUAUCAGGCUUCUUGGGCAAGAAAACCAGCCGAAAUUUCUCGUGGUCGAUCAGCUCCUGUGUUGCCCGAUCACUCUUCUGACUCCACAACUAUCCAUCUAUUUGGGUAGUCUGAUUGGAGAUCUCUCAUUUUUGUUCAAACUUUCAUGCAUAGGAAGCUUUGUUUACCUAGGGACUAUUUUAUCACUCAGAAAAGAUAUUAUCGCUAAGGAGAAAAAAAAGGAGGAGGUUCAAGAGUUGACUUCUUCAUAA